AACCAGACAGAGGGGCAAGCCCCACUUCUACGUACAUUACUACGUACAUACCCACAGACAGAAUACCACCUCCAGUUUACAAAGAUUCUGAAAAUUCCAACUUUUCUCAAAUAACAUUUAUAAACUGUACUAACAAGCCUUUAGUGUAUCUCUUUGGGGCGGAAAUUAGCAGGAGCUUUCUGGACUAAGGUCGACAGACGCUUGGUUUGAUGUUGGAGAUCGGGAGUGUCUAUCCUCCAGAGCCAGUCACGCAGAUAGACCCCAGACUUGCCCCUCACAGUCCAUGUUGCCCCACAAAAGAGCGUAGAACAUACUUCAUCAUCAAAGCUCUACGGGUGUUCCUUUCCUGUUCUAUCCUCUUGCAGCCUCCUUCCAUACUGCUUCUCUUCAUGUUUGCAAAAUGGCUUCGUGUUGCCAUGUAAACGCCCAUGAUCUCAACCAACCCUCGGUAUCCCAGGCUGUUUAUCGAGAAGAUUGUACACAAUGUUUUGACUCUGUUGAUGACGAGUCGGGUCUAAAUGUUUGCCUCCACUGUUUCAAUGGCGGUUGUACAGGAGAUAGGGAGCAUGCCUUGCUUCAUUACAAACGUUUUGGGCAUCCUUUAGCGCUCAAUAUAAAGAGGACCCAAAAGAAGAUCCAGCGUGAUGAGCCUCCGAAUAAAAUUUCAAAACUUGCGAUCCCCGCUGAGACAGAGGAAGAUCGUUAUGAUACGACUACACGGGUUGUGUGCUACUCGUGCGGCCAGGAUGAUAUUGAUAAAUCUAGCGGCAAACUUCCGACUGUGGUUGAAGGUGUCAUGAAAGCGUUGACAUUUUCGAAGAGGGAGGAAAUCAAGGCUUGGGAGCAGGAGUUUAUCCCCUGCGAGCAUACACUUGGUUUGGUUCAACAUGAACCUAAGCAAAUUGAAUCGAGAGGGAACAGUCAGUGUUCAAUGUGUGAUCUCAGGGAAAAUCUCUGGCUUUGCUUGGAGUGCGGCGUUCUGGGUUGCGGACGCAGCCAGUUUGGUGGCAUAGGCGGGAAUUCCCAUGCCCUUGCCCAUUCUGAUUUGACAUCACAUGGUGUUGCUGUCAAGUUAGGGUCGAUAACUGCAGAUGGUUCGGCAGAUAUCUACUGCUAUAAAUGCAAUGAAGAAAGAACAGAUCCAGAUCUUGCUUCCCAUCUCAGCCAUUGGGGAAUCAAUUUGAUGGGGCGAGAGAAGACAGAGAAGAGUCUGAUGGAGAUGCAGGUUGAGCAUAAUUUGAAAUGGGAUUUCUCAAUGACUACCGAGGAUGGUCAUGAACUCGUCCCAGUUUUUGGGCCUGGGUUCACGGGGUUAGCUAAUCUUGGGAAUAGCUGCUAUCUUUCGAGUAUUGUCCAGUGUCUCUUUGCUUUGCCUGAGUUCCAGCAGAGAUAUUAUCAUGCAAUCAAGGAUUCACCAUUAUCACAAGCUCCAGCGGAGGAUCUUGAAACACAGAUGCGAAAACUUGCGGAUGGCAUUCUCUCCGGGCGAUACUCUCAGCCGCGGAAUGAUUUUAUUUAUUCGCCUGGUUCACCAGAAGUGCCAUGUCAAAAAGGGCUGGCACCGGCAAUGUUCAAGCAUCUUGUUGGUCGUGGGCACGAAGAAUUCUCAACAAUGAGACAACAAGAUGCCUUUGAAUUUCUUCUACACGUAUUCAAACUAGUCAGUCUUUCAAAGCAUCCUGAGGGAUUACAAAACCCAGUUCAAUCGUUCCGCUUCGCCGUUGAGCAACGUCUGCAGUGUACUUCUUGCAAAAAGGUGCGCUACAGGGUGGAUGAGCAGGACAACAUUUCCAUCCCUGUCCCUACGCGUCGAUUGCCCCACUCGGACAGUACGUCAACUUCCAAUCAGUUUGAGCCGGUCACUCUAACAGAAUGUCUGGAGAAUUUUACUGGAGAUGAAAUUGUUGAUUUUAAAUGCCCUUCUUGUGGUAAUGGGGAUGGCUUUUCAAAGCGUUCAUUGUUCAAGACACUGCCGCAAGAGCUGGUCAUCAAUGCUCGACGAUUCGAACUGAUCAAUUGGGUCCCUACCAAACUUGAUAUUCCUGUGGAGGUCGGUGAUGGACCAUUCGACUUAAGCUCCUAUCUUUCUUCUGGCCGUCAUGAAGGAGAAGAACUGCUUCCGGAUCAUGAUGACUCCGAUGGGAUGUUCAUUCCCCAGCCGGAGGCUCUUGAACAGCUGCUUAGCAUGGGGUUUCCCAAGACAAGGAGUGAAAAGGCGCUUCAUGAAACCGGUAACUCAGAUCCUGAGGCUGCAAUGAAUUGGAUUUUUGCUCAUAUGGAGGAUCCGGAUAUCGACGAGCCACUGGUCAAUAGAACGUCGGGUGGAAUGGGAAGUGUCAAGCAAGAUCCCCUUAAAAUAGGGCAACUCGGCGAAAUGGGUAUCGAUGAAUCCCAUGCCAAGCGGGCAUUAGCUGCAACAGAUGGGGAUGUGAACAGAGCUCUGGACUGGGUAUUUAGCCAUCCGGAUGAAUUGGAGGAUGUUGACAAUGGUCAUUAUGAAGAAGGCUGUGACCAUGCUUCUGGGCUUGACACCAUUCCAGCCAAAUAUGAACUUCGGUCCAUUGUUUGCCAUAAAGGAUCUUCAGUCCAUGCUGGUCAUUAUGUGGCCUUUGUGCGCAAGGCACUACCAGGACAGGUUGGAUUGUCUUGGGUCAUGUUCAAUGAUGAAAAAGUGGUCAAAGUCGAUGAUAUACAGGAGAUGAAAAAGUUUGCUUAUUUAUAUUUCUUUUCUCGGGUCUAGAUAGGGUUUAUAAUCUAGACUGCAGGAUCGUCGAAUCAAGUCAACAUGUCAAGACUAUAUUAUUAUCUUCCUCUUUAAUUAUGUUAUUUAAGGGUAUAGAUAGUAUAAGUAACCCUUCAUGUAGAGCACUGGGAGCCAGCUGUACUUGGUGGUUACUAUCAGGAGUAGAUAGGUUGUGAAUUACCUGC